AUGGCCUUCACUAUGACUAAUGAAGAAAAUGAGAACAUAAAUCAUGAUAACCUAUAUGAGCUCAGCAACACUGAACUGUCCACUGGUUUGCUUGAUCUAAUCCAAGCUCUUCCAGAACCAUACAAACUUAAAAAUAUGUAUAUUCCAAAUUCAGAGGUUUCAUAUCUUGAGCAUACACAUGUAGAAACACGACAUAAGGAUCAACAAGUUCUUGAUAUUGGAAGAACAAACCAUAAAGACUCAUCUUUCGAUUUGCAUGGACAGGAACAACAAGGACAUGCUAGUGACUUGGACACAAGAUCAAAAGGCAAGUCCGCUAGUACUUUCCAAAUAAGGCCUCCCAUUUUGUUAACAUAG